ACUGCGUACAGUCACUCUAACGCACAAGAACACAAAAACUGAGAAUUUACAGCAAACAUGGCUGUAAAUUCAGUUUAUGAUUUCACCAUGGAGACCCUGGAGAGAAAGGCCGCUCCACUCAGCAUCUUCAGAGGAAGAGUUCUUCUCAUUGUGAAUGUGGCAACCUUCUGAGGGUCCACCAUUGAAGAGUAUCACAGGAUGAAUGCACUCAUGGACAUGUAUGGAGGCCUGAACUUCACUGUGCUUGGAUUCCCCUGCAAUCAGUUUGGCCUGCAGGCACCUGAGGAGAACCAUGAAACCCUGAAUGUUUUGCAGUAUGUGAGACCAGGACGAGGGUUCCUCCCAAAGUUCCCCAUCUUCAGCAGGAUUGAGGUGAACGGCUCUGAUGAACAUCCUCUAUACGCCUACCUGAAGGAAACUCUGCCGUUUGUUAACCCAGUCAUUGGAGACAUCAGGAAGCUCUACUGGUCUCCCAUUAAGGCCAAUGACAUCAGAUGGAACUUCGAGAAGUUUCUCAUCACCGCAGACGGAGUUCCUUACAGAAGGUAUGACCCUCAUUGUCCAUUUGAAGAGGUGGAGAGGGACAUUGCAACACUUCUGCAGGGAAGACAUUUAUCAUAAGCAGCUCUCUGAUUAUGAUUUAGCUCUGGAUUGAUUCAGAUUCAGAUUCUUCCUCUUUCCUAGAUCCGAUCAGAUUCAAUCAGUCUGUCAAUGAGUGAAUCUCAUGAAACCUGCCAUGAAAAUGUCUCAAACAUAUUUCACUUCAAAGUCAAUUGAAAAAAAUAAGGAUAUAUAUAUAUUUUUUUUUUAAUAUAUAGGAUCAUUAUUACUUUCUCAAUUCGGACAUAAUUUUCAAUUGAGACAAAUUAAGAACAUUUUC